UGUGAUGAAAUUAAUCUUGAUGGAUCAGAAAAGGACAAGUCAAAGGAAAGGUCUACAUUCACACAUGCACAGAAAAUGCGAGCUGCCGCAACUUUUGGGUUUGGUCGAAUCCAUGGCUUAGGCAUGCUUGCGUGGCAUCGUAGUGAAUAUACUGGAAAGAUGUUAGGAAAUCCAUCCGUCUCGGAAACUUUAACCAGCUAUAUGCUGAGUUUGCGGCGGCGCAAGACAUUUGUUGGAGAGACUACUACAAGUGCUCGGGCUGUAACCUCUGUAAGCAUUUCAAAUGUAUGUUCACAAGCAUUACUUUUGGAGCUUUACAAGUUCAAUAACCGCCCUGAGUUUGCCGAACCACGUCCCUAUGAGCCUGCUGUUCGAAAUGUGCCCAAAGAUCCUAUGUACUGGGGAGGUUGUCAUGCCCGUGCACUCCUUCAUUUGGGCUACACCCUUAGCUUCUGCGAUCUUCUUCGCAUCGAUGAGCUACUCAAGAUACAGGUCCAUGAUAUAGAGAUGGACGAGAACGCGGAGACUGGUAUGACAACCAUAACACUAACUCUUCCAUUUCGCAAAACCAGCCAAUUCGGAGGUAUGUACUAUAGCCCAGCAACUACUCUAUAUAUCUUAUAA